CAUGUGCCCCUGUGGCGUAGGACCUCGUCCCGUCGCGACUCACCGCGAGGUGGGGCCUGUUGCUGAGGGGCUUCGGCUGUCAGAGUAGACAUGGGGGCCGGCCGCACGGGGGCUGUGCUUGCCGCCCUGGGAGUGCUUAGUGUCUGUGCGGCCAGCGGCUCAAGGCCCGUGGCGGAGGGGGAGACCGGGGGGGAGGGGGAGUGGGCGGAGCCGUGGGACGGCGCAGUUUUCCGGCCUCCCUCCGCGCUGGGCGCAGUGGGGGUGGCGCGCGGUCCAGGGACCCCGCGGCCGGGGAGGGGGGAGGCGGUGGACCUGCCGGUGCUGCUAUGGUGGAGCCCAGGGCUGUUCCCUCACUUCCCGGGCGACUCGGAGCGCAUCGAGUGCGCGCGCGGCGCGUGCGUGGCCUCCCGGGACCGACGGGUGCGGGGAGACUCGCGGACGCGCGCACUGCUCUUCUACGGCACCGACUUCCGCGCGUCCGAAGCGCCGCUGCCGCGCUUGGCGCACCAGAGCUGGGCGCUCCUGCACGAGGAGUCGCCCCUCAACAACUUCUUGCUGAGCCACAGUCCGGGCAUCCGCCUCUUCAAUCUUACCGCCACCUUCAGCCGUCACUCGGACUACCCGCUGCCGCUGCAGUGGCUGCCCGGGACCGCCUAUCUGCGCCGCGCAGCGCCUCCGCUCCCGGAACGCGCGGACUGGCGCCGCCGGGGCUACGCGCCGCUGCUCUAUCUGCAGUCCCACUGCGACGUGCCUGCGGACCGGGACCGCUACGUGCGCGAGCUCAUGCGCUACAUCCCGGUGGACUCAUAUGGGAAAUGCCUGAAGAAUCGGGAGCUGCCCACGCCGCGGCUACAGGACACAGCCACAGCCACCACUGAGGAUCCAGAACUCUUGGCCUUCUUGUCCCGCUAUAAGUUUCAUUUGGCCCUCGAAAAUGCCAUCUGUGACGACUACAUGACGGAAAAACUGUGGCGCCCCAUGCACCUCGGUGCUGUGCCUGUGUACCGCGGCUCUCCCUCUGUGAGGGACUGGGUGCCCAACAAUCACUCCAUCAUCCUCAUUGACGACUUUGAGUCGCCGCAGAAGCUGGCAGAGUUUAUUGACUUUCUGGACAAAAAUGAUGAGGAAUAUAUGAAAUACCUGGCAUACAAGCAACCUGGGGGCAUCACCAACCAGUUCCUUCUGGAUAGUCUGAAGCAGCGGGAGUGGGGAGUGAAUGAUCCUUUACUGCCUAACUACCUUAACGGCUUCGAGUGUUUCGUCUGUGACCACGAACUGGCUCGGCUGGAUGCCGAGAAGGCCCAUGCAGCCUCUCCUGGGGACAUCCCUGUCCCUGAGCCUCAUAUUGCCCAGCCCUCACACAUGGACUGCCCAGUGCCCACACCUGGCUUUGGCAGUGUGGAAGAGAUUCCUGAGAAUGACAGCUGGAAGGAGAUGUGGCUGCAAGAUUACUGGCAAGGCCUGGACCAGGGGGAAGCUCUCACUGCCAUGAUCCACAACAAUGAGACACUGCAGAGGAAAUUUUGGGAUUACCUAACCGAGAUCUUCAUGAAAAGGAACCAAAAUCUCUAAUUACUCUUGCAAGAGUCCUUAACUUGAUAGAGCUAAGGAGAUGGAAGUCCUUAUUCUACCGUGGGACAUGAAGGGUAUCUGCUACGCAAGUUCUUAAUGAGCACUGUCUUACCAUGAGUUCAAAGAAUAAGUUAUAUCUACUGAUAUUUUAUUCUAAAGAUGUGUAGCCAGGGUCUCAGCCUAUGGUAAUAGGGCCUCUCCUCAAGGAGAGAAGGGGGCAUCCAGUUCUUGGUUUAGUGGGAACCAGAAGCCUGAAACACCCAUUUGAUUAAAGGUGCUGAUCAACAAAAAUUUUAAAGAACUGCUUAUUUCUCUAGCCAUAUCAUCCUCUCAGUCAUGAUUGGGACAACACGUUAGUACUUGGCUGUGAAUGAGGUAAGAUGGGCCAGGUUUAGCAUCUUUAGAAAACUACUGUGCUAUUCCUCAAACCAUUCAUUAUUCGGUACCUUUCCCAGUCUCCUUUCCUCAUCUCUUGCUUUAUAAACUGUUAUGUUGGUGGUGAAGCAAAACUCCUGGUGGGUUGUAUUCUGGCUCUCUGGAGUUGUAUUUUUUAUAUCAUUUACUUUGCUUUUCAUGUCAACCUUUUCAUUUUGAAUGGCUUUUUCUUUUCUGGUUUUCCACAAUUUCUGAUGGAGACGGAGUAGCCUUGCCACCAUUCCCACAUUCAUUUUCCCCAGCAUUAAACUGCCUGUAGAUUUGACAGCUUUUCUUACUGCUGGUUUGCUUCUUAUCUAGGGCAUAUCUGAAAUUCCUUCUCCACUCAUGAGUAGAAAGAUUCAGUGGCUAAUAAAUGUCAUGCCAAUUUAAUGAAUUGUCCUGCUCUAUUUUAGAUUAGAGAUGGAGACUCAGGCUGGAAAUGACAGCAGAAAAAGCUAUGAUUUUGAAAUGUUGAAAUAGGCCAAUGUGAAUCUAAGUGCAGAUUUUUAUAAGUCCUUGAUCUCUUCUGUCUGCCUAAUGAACUCUUCUGUUAUUUUUAUAUGCUACAAAAGUCCAUUUCCCCCCAAAACUCAUGAAAAUUAUGGCAGAAAAAAACAGCCCAGCAAUAUAGCUCUAGUAAUUCUUUCAUAUUCUGUGGCACUUUUCACUUUAAGUGGGAUAAAUAUUCCAACUUCAUUCGCUCUAUUACUGUUACAACGCACAACUUUAUAGUACUUACUGAGACUACAUUUUGAUGGAGCCCACCCACCUAAGCUCAAGGGCAUGAGAAGCGAAGCAAGACAUUUAAGCCAUCACAAGUGGCUGGCUAAAUAAAAAGUUGUUAGUCAGAUUUAGGGAGGUAGCCAGACCCUUCUAUUGCUGUGGUUUAAACAUACAGCUUAAUGGACAGGGAGACCAUUUGCUUUUUCUGGGGCAGUGGAACAAGAAAGAAUACCUUGGAUCUUAGAACUACCCUGGUUGUAAUAUUGUAUUAAUGAGUUAUCACUAGAGAAGUUCCAUAGCUUAUCAAUAUGUCUGGUUUAAUUAGUGUGUGUGUAUGUAUGUAUAUAUGCACACAUUAAUUUACAAACAUAUAUAUAUAUAUAGUUGUAAAGACUGAAGAGGAAGAUGAUGCUUAUGACUUCAGUACAGACUAUGUAUAAUAGAAUCUUGUCCUUCUAUAAGGUUUUGUUGGGUUUUAAUUUUUUUUUUACAUCUUUAUUGGAGUAUAAUUGUUUUACAAUGGUGUGUUAGUUUCUGCUCCAUAACAAAGUGAAUCAGCCAUACAUAUACACGUUCCCAUAUCUCUUCCCUCUUGUGUCUCCCUCCCUCCCACCCUCCCUAUCCCACCCCUCCAGGCGGUCACACACCACCGAGCUGAUCUCCCUGUGCGAUGUGGCUGCUUCCCACUAGCUAGCUAGCUACCUACCUUUGGUAGUGUAUAUAUGUCCAUGCCUCUCUCUCCCUUUGUCACAGCUUACCCUUCCCCCUCCCCAUAUCCUCAAGUCCAUUCUCUAGUAGGUCUGUGUCUUUAUUCCUGUCUUAUCCCUAGGUUCUUCAUGACAUUUUUUUCUUAAAUUCCAUAUAUAUGUGUUCGCAUACGGUAUUUGUCUUUCUCUUUCUGACUUACUUCACUCUGUAUGACAGACUCUAGGUCUAUCCACCUCAUAACAAAUAGCUCAAUUUCGUUUCUUUUUAUGGCCGAGUAAUAUUCCAUUGUAUAUAUGUGCCACAUCUUCUUUAUCCAUCCAUCCGACGAUGAUGGACACUUAGGUUGUUUCCAUCUCCGGGCUAUUGUAAAUAGAGCUGCAAUGAACAUUUUGGUACAUGACUCUUUUUGAAUUAUGGUUUUCUCAGGGUAUGUGCCCAGUAGUGAGAUUGCUGGGUCAUAUGGUAGUUCUAUUUGUAGUUUUUUAAGGAACCUCCAUACUGUUCUCCAUAGUGGCUGUACCAAUUCACAUUCCCACCAGCAGUGCAAGAGUGUUCCCUUUUCUCCACACCCUCUCCAGCAUUUAUUGUUUCUAGAUUUUUUGAUGAUGGCCAUCCUGACUGGUGCGAGAUGAUAUCUCAUUGUAGUUUUGAUUUGCAUUUCUCUAAUGAUUAAUGAUGUUGAGCAUUUUUAAUAUUUUGAGCAGACUGCUAAACUGUUCUGUGUGAUAUACCAGCUUUUUAAAUAAUUAAUUAAUUUAUUUGUUUUUAUUUUUUUUGCGGUAUGCGGGCCUCUCACUGUUGUGGCCUCUCCCUUUGCGGAGCACAGGCUCCAGACGCGCAGGCUCAGCGGCCAUGGCUCACAGGCCCAGCUGCUCCGCGGCACGUGGGAUCUUCCCGGACCGGGGCACGAACCCGUGUCGCCUGCAUUGGCAGGCGGACUCUCAACCACUGCGCCACCAGGGAAGCCCAUAUUUGUUUUUAUUUUUGGCUGUGUUGUUUCUUCGUUGCUGUGCGCAGGCUUUCUCCAGUUGCAGCGAGCGGGGGCUACUCUUUGUUGUGACAAGCGGGCUUCUCAUUGUGGUGGCUUCUUAUUGGGGUGGCUUCUCUUGUUGCAGAGCAUGGGCUCGGCUUCAGUAGUUGUAGUUGUGGCACGGGGGCUCUAGAGCGCAGGCUCAGUAGUUGUGGCGCACGGGCUUAGCUGCUCCGCGGCAUGUGGGAUCUUCCCAGGGCCAGGGAUCGAACCUGUGUGCCCUGCAUUGGCAGGCAGAUUCUUAACCACUGUGCCACCAGAGAAGCCCACCAGCUUGUUUUUAAAUUUAGGAAAUCUAGCUCUUUAGAGCUAGAUCAAAGCUAAUAUCAAGUGUUUAUUUAAAAAAAUAAUGGCACCUGCUUGGAAUGGGGUGAAGAUUUACAGAGAAUUUACCAUUUUUGGCUGACGUGAAACUAUAUAAUAUACUGCAAAAUGGAAAUUCUGCAACAGACCUCGCAAUAAACAUUUAUAUAUAUGGGGUGCUCAUAUAUUGUUUAUAUAUGAGAUGCUUCAACAACUAGGGUCCUAAAGAUGUGGCCAGGCAAAGCUAUAAUUUAGGCUGGGUUUCACUGCCAGGGUGGUUCUUUUUUCUUUUCCUUUUUUUUUUUGGCUGUGCUGCAUGGCUUGUGGGACCUCAGUUCCCGGACCGGGGACUGAACCCGGGCCCUUGGCAGUGAAAGCACAGAGUCCCAACCACUGGGGAACUCCCCUUUUUUCAUUUUAUUUAAUAAAAAAUGCCCUUUAUAACAGCAUGGAAAGUUUUCUGUUUGGACUUUUGCAGAAAAGAAUAAGAGAGAAAGACAGACCUUCGAAAAUAAUUAUGUUAAAAUUUGAUAUAGUAAGGACUCUUACAAAAGAAGCCAAAUUCAGGACUCUGAUUUCUAAGCUUGCAAUCUAUUUAAAUGCAGAUGCUAGUUUAUAUAGUGCAAAAUACAUUAUUACCCAAGUGCAAAAUAAGGUUAGGACUCAAAUUUCAUUAUGUGCAAUGAAAAGGGUAGGUGAUGGUUAUGCAAGGUGUAGAAUCAUCCCUACCUCUCCUGUCUAAUUACAACAGUUCACACUGGCAUUACCUUAGCACUUUUAUGUACAAAGUAGGCCAGUUUUUUAUGAAUGAUUGUGGCUGGAGACUCAUGCCUGCUUUGUGGUCAGUGCUUCCCAGACUUUCUCCUUUAUUCCUCUUACCAUAAAAGUAUUCAAAACCAGGUGCUACAUUUCUACAAGGGAAAGCAGAACCAGGAAUAGCCACAUGGCUAUCUAACUAAAGGCUUCACUUUCUCUGUGGAGAAAGCAAGCAAUGUGAAUUUUCUCUGGUUUGGGGCCCAGCCUGCUCUGUAUACAGUAGCAGACUUGGGGUUAUUGGUGGUAGAAGUUCUGAUAGGAAUUAGCUUUAUUUGUGUUGCUGCAGUGGGGGUGGAGCAUGGGGCUGAUGCCUUUAUUAUUCCCGAGUUGCUUCUUCGAUUAUCACACGUUUAAUUUUGUAUAAUAAAUGGCUUCUUUUUAA